AUGGCUCAUUCAAUCACCCGCAUUCGUGUAUCUCAAGCCCAGGUUCUUAGAGCUUAUGCUCCGAAACCUGUUAUUUCCGUUCCAUCGCGAUGCCAUACAACAGAGGCACCGCGCAAAGCUUCAUGGACGCAUCCAAUACAUACCACGGAGCAGAUUCUGGCCAUCAAACCGUCACACCGACAAACGAAGAAUUGGCAAGAUGGGGUAGCCCUUGGAACAGUUCGGUUCUUGCGCUGGGGCAUGGAUCUAGUGACAGGAUAUCGGGCAAACUCGGGCCAUAAGAAUACAUCGCUAAGGAGCAUAAUGACCGAAGAGAAGUGGAUAACUCGAUUCAUCUUCCUCGAGAGUGUCGCGGGUGUACCAGGCAUGGUUGCAGGUAUGCUCCGGCACCUGAAGAGCAUUCGGGCAUUCAGAAGAGACCACGGAUGGAUAGAGACCCUUCUCGAAGAAGCCUACAACGAAAGAAUGCACCUUUUAACCUUCCUCAAACUCGCCCAGCCAGGGCCCAUGAUGCGGAUCAUGGUCCUCGGCGCACAGUGGAUAUUCUUUGGCGGGUUCUCGUUUGCAUACCUGGUCUCCCCGCAGAUCUGCCACCGCUUUGUAGGCUAUCUGGAAGAAGAGGCCGUCAUUACGUAUACAAAGGCGAUCAAUGACUUGGACAACGGGUACCUUCCGGGGUGGGAGAAGUUACAAGCGCCUAGUAUGGCGGUCCGAUACUGGCAAAUGCCCGAGGGACAGCGGUGUAUGCGCUCACUCCUGCUCUAUAUUCGCGCCGAUGAGGCUAAUCAUGCUGAUGUGAAUCAUACACUUGGGAACUUGAAUCAGAAUACGGAUCCGAAUCCGUUCGCGGCUAGGUUCAAGCUAAAGGAUCCCGGAGGAUCUGCGUCAGUUGUCAGAAACUAG